AGAUUUUACAACAACCAGAUGAUGCCUUCUCCCCUCUCAAAAUCCUUUGAAUUUCUCUUCCUUUCAUCCCUUUCGCUCUUCAUCUUCCACCUUCCUGCUAGCACUGCAGAACCUCUUUGGACCCGAUGUUCACACACAGCUGAUUACACUGCUAAUAGCACAUUUGGAGCUAACCUCAAUCGCCUCUUAUCUUCUCUUUCUUCUAAUGUUUCACUCACCGGCUUCUCUAGCAGCGCCAUUGGCGAAAACUCAAACCGAAUCUACGGCCUUGCACAAUGCAGAGGCGACACCACACCCACCACAUGCCGUGCUUGCCUCAACACCGCAAGCCAAGAAAUCCGUGAAAAAUGCCCCAACAGGACAGCAAUUAUAUGGUAUGAUGAAUGUCUCUUGCGCUACUCCACCCAAAGAAUCUCAUCAUCUUCUUCGAAUUCCCCAAUGAACUACAUGCGGAAUCCGGAAAAUGCAUCGGACCAAGUUCGGUUUAAUCAGAUUGUGGACCAGAUGAUGGAUGGUCUUGUUUCGAGGGCGGCUUCUGGUCCGGCAAUGUAUGCUACGAAUGAAACGAAAUUCACCGACUUCCAAACGAUAUAUGGGCUUAUGCAAUGUACAAGCGAUCUGUCAUGGAGAGAUUGCGGUGCGUGCUUAGAAAAUGCUGUGGCACGGAUUCCGACGUGCUGUGAUGGAAAAAAAGGCGGGAGAGCUGUUGGGCCGAGUUGCAAUGUGAGGUUUGAGACGUACAAGUUCUAUAACGAGUUAGCCAUAUCACCGACUCCUCCAUUAACUAACACAACUAUCACGGGAAAAAAGCAAAGCUCAUCUCGAACUACUGUCAUCGUUGUCCUUCCUAUAGUUGUUGCAGUCGUGCUCAUCUCCGUCAUUGUAGCUUGUUUCCUGAGGAAAAAGAAGAAACCAGCGAUUGACGGGAUUGAAGGAAAUGAGGAGUCACUGCAAUUUGGUUUGGGUACAAUUAGAGCUGCAACUGAUAACUUUUCUGCAGACAAUAAGCUUGGAGAAGGUGGAUUUGGUUCUGUUUAUAAGGGUUGGCUUUCAGAUGGACAAGAAAUAGCUGUGAAGAGGCUCUCUCGCAACUCUGGACAAGGUUUGGAAGAAUUCAAGAACGAGGUUGCAUUAAUUGCUAAACUACAACACAGGAAUCUUGUUAGGCUGUUAGGUUGCUGUGCCGGAAGAGAAGAGAAGCUUCUGAUUUAUGAAUUCCUGCCCAACGCCAGCCUCGACAAGUUUUUGUUUGAUCCAAAUAAAAAGGCAAUUCUGAAUUGGCAAAGGCGCUACAAUAUCAUUGGAGGGGUGGCUCGAGGCCUUCUUUAUCUUCAUGAAGAUUCUCGACUUAGGAUUAUACAUCGGGAUAUCAAAGCUAGCAAUGUUUUAUUAGAUGAAGCAAUGAAUCCAAAAAUUGCAGAUUUUGGUAUGGCUAGGAUUGUUGGAGUGGACCAAACUCAGGGCAAUACAAAUCGAAUUGCAGGGACAUAUGGAUACAUGGCCCCGGAGUAUGCCAUGAACGGGCAAUUCUCCCUUAAGUCGGAUGUAUUCAGCUUCGGUGUUUUACUUCUGGAGAUCGUGACCGGCCAGAAGAACAGUAAUUUCUACCAGUCAGCCCUCGCCAAAGAUCUUCUCAGCUAUGCAUGGAAGCAUUGGAAUGAUGGCACAGUUCUAGAUCUGAUUGAUCCAACUAUAAGCGAAUCUUGCUCGAGCAGCGAAGUGAUGCGAUGCAUCCACAUUGCAUUGCUAUGUGUUCAAGAAGAUGUGAUCAGUAGGCCCACCAUGUCGUCAAUUCUGCUGAUGCUCAACAGCUUCUCUAUCACUCUCUCAGCACCUUCACAGCCUGCAUUUUUUAUUAUGAGUAGAACGGCUCUGGACAUGUCUAUGACAGGGUCCCAUAGGCAGACAGAUGAGGUGAAUCAAUCUCUGGGUAUUGCAUCGCCAUGGUCUGUAAAUGAGGUGUCGAUUACUGAAUUAGAUCCUCGUUAAUGCAUCGGAUUAAAAGCUAUUUAAACUCUUUAGGGUAUGUUAGUGAACUGUUGAGAAUCUAGAUUUGAACGAGCCGUAGUCUGGAAAGCUUAAGAUGUUAAUAAGGACUUUAUGUAAUAUCUUUGUUUGUGCAAGUUUUCAUUGAAUUCAUUAGGCAUGCCUUGACAUGGAUGUACCUGGGGCAAAAAAUCGAGCCAGCCUCCUCAUCAGUGGAAAAUGCUGAUAGUGAAUAAACUAGCCAACAGGCCGGAUUCGAUUUAGAAGUGUUGCUUCUUAGAGUUUUCCUUUGAGGCCCAUCAUUGAUCAGAAAUUUGGAUUGAACUUGGAUUUUACGCCUAUUGCAGGGUCUUCGAUAAGAAGGUCGAAGAUCUUCCCACCAUAGACUGUCUCUCCACGGCUAGACCUUUGUCAGCUUCGGAACAGAUAAUCACCUUUCUCACACCUGCGACUGCUGGCCACAAAGCUUAGGUCCCUCUGAGCUGCGAACGGAC